CUUGCAUCCAGACUAAGGACGCACAACACUGUCAUUGCAGGGAUGAUGAGGUGUUAGUAGACAUAAAGAAGCAUGGACGCAGAGCUGACACGAAACAGCACUUUCAUCGUCGAUGACCUACAUCCCUGCUAUGAAUCAACUAAUACAAGCUAUGUUUUUGCAAGUGACCCUUCCCUAACUUGUGUUUUGGUGUAUAUAUUCCUUGGCUUGUUAUCUGUCGCCACAAUAUGUGGAAACCUACUAGUUAUCAUAUCCAUCAUUUACUUCAAACAGCUGCACACUCCUACUAACUACCUCAUCCUCUCCCUGGCCGUGGCCGACCUGCUCGUUGGCGUCCUCGUCUUUCCUUUCAGCAUGGCAUUCACUGUCACCUCAUGUCUGUUUCACCAGGACUUUAUGUGCCAAAUCCGUGACAGCUUUGAUGUAUCACUGUGCACUGCUUCUAUUCUACACUUGUGUUGCAUUUCUAUAGAUCGAUAUUAUGCAGUGUGCCAGCCGCUGACUUAUAAAGUUAAAAUAAACGUUCGUGUCACAGCAGUUAUGAUCCUGGUGACCUGGGGCAUCUCUGCUUUAAUAGGGAUCUGUAUAAUAAUCGCAGGAUUCAGCCAAGGAACAUGUGAGGAAAUGUGCUCCGUUGAUGUUGUGAUGGCAAAUACGAUGGGACCCGUUUUCUCCUUCUACAUGCCAGCGAUCAUAAUGCUCGCUAUUUACUUUAAGAUUUUCCUUGUUGCUCAGCAACAGGUGAAAAGCAUCCAGAACACAACAUUUCAGAGCUCAAGUUCUGGAGCAGCUGUGAGUAAGAUGGAGAAGAAGGCCACAAAAACUCUUGCUACAGUCAUGGGGGUUUUUCUUUUAUGUAUGACUCCUUACUUUCUGUGCAUCGUCUUUCAGCCGUUGGCCUAUUAUCCCCCACCCAUCCCACUGAUUGAGACUCUCAACUGGCUCACAUUGUCCAACUCAAUGCUGAAUCCACUGAUUUAUGCUUUCUUUUACAGCUGGUUCAGAUCAGCAUUCAGAAUUAUUAUUUCUGGAAAAAUAUUUAAAGGCGAUUUUGUUAAUUCCAACUUGUUUUGAAGUUUUUUUUAAUAGAUUGAAAGUGAAAAUAAAGUUUGGAAUAACUGAUAAUUACUUUGCCAUUGUGGGAAAAAAAGCACUUUCAAAACAUUAAUGCAUUUAAUGAAUGCAGUUUUGAUGCAAGCAAAUAUGUUAAUAUAUAGAGGUACAACUUACAGCAAUUUUCUAUGGACCUCUAGAGAAUAAAAGGAAUCGUUCAACUGCAAUGACACUAUAUUCAUUUAAAUACAUUAAUAUUAAAUCAUACAAAAUAUUAAAAUAAAGUGAGUAAACUAAUCUAAUGUUGGACAAAUGAUCACUAAAACAAUACACUUUCUCUUUACUCUCAAAAUUGAAGAAAAAUGAAUGUGCAGUAAAGCCUGAAAUCUUUAAGAGCGUAGACUUUUUUUUUUAUUACAAACAUUGUAGAUACCUAUAUUGAGUCAAAAAAAUUGCCAGUUGUAAUUAUGUUUUUUAUCACAUUGUGGGACAGAAUGUAUCUAAGAGGGUUGUGCAUCUAUGAAACAUGUAUAGCAAGAACACAUGUAAACUAUAGUUUGUAUUAUAUAUAUAGUUUUGGAAGUUAAACUAUGGAAUGAAUAGAAUAUGAUUAAUUGCAUUUGUCUCUGUGGAGUUUUGAAAAAGCUUGAAAACGUAAAACAUCAAGGAUCUAUCUAAUUGUUAGGAGAGGUAACAAAAAAUAAGAAAUGGGCCUCAGUUUAUUACUCUUUUUUAUUUUGGUUAGUGAUUGUGUUGGAUUAUAUUGUGUGAAAUGGAAUUUUGUAAAUAUGUGUAAUAUGUAUUUUAUUUCUGUCAGUUGCAUGUUCACAAACAUUGUUAGUGAAUUGACAUUGUGAGAAACUGAGCAGCCUUAGGAAAUAUCCUUGAGUCACUGAGUGCUUUCUCUCCCCCUUUUUCUUUCUUUUUUUUUUUAUUAAAAUCAGACCACAUCAUCAGCCCCCUUUGAUGAGGUACCAACCCAGCUCCCCUAUGAUGUAUCCACACAUUGCAACAUGCAAACUCCAUGCAGAAAGCACCAACCGUGUGGCCCUACAGUAAAAUCAAUACAGCAAAAUCAAAGUGCCAAAUAGAGCAGAGUAAAAUGCUAAGAAGGGGAACAAGUUUCCAGAAAUGUUUCAAGUGCCCUUAAAGAUCAUUUGAAACCCCCCCAAUUGAAUCAAUCUGGACAACUUCAUUUCCUGAUUGCUACAGGUUGAAAGGGCAAGAGUAAGAAAAUGCCUUUUUGCCUUGCUCUGUAAGUCCUGAAGGAAUGUUGAAGGUAAUAAAGGCCUGGGUGUUCAGGCUAUGACUGCAUUGCCUGUGUGACAAUAAAAGUGACAGCUUCAAGCCAUGUCCUGGUGUUCAAGAUAAGAUACUAUUUGUUCCAAGAAGAACCCUAGCUGUAGUUUCAACUUCUUUAAAAGGUUUUCAAUAUGGCACUUAAAAGAGAGAUUUACAUCAAUUGAGAUUCCUAGGUAUUUGUGAGUCCACAAACUCAAUCAUUUUGUGUGAAAACAGCAUACCCUUGAAUAAUGUCAAAUGCAGACUGCAGAAGUUGAAAGACCUGGGCAACAGUGUUUGCGCAACAAUAAACACAUACACCAGCUAUCCCUUUAGGAGUAAACGACGUGUGCUCAUUAGCAAUAGCAUUAAACAGGCAAUUCAUAUCGGUCAGUAACAAUUUCAGCCACACUUUAUCCAAAGUAUACUGAAAAACAUUUUUCAUCCCUCUACACAUACUUUACUUUGUGUAUGUGAUGUAUAAUUACUGACUGUCAGGAACUGCCUGGCAGAAGUGCAACUUUUCCAAAAUAGUUUUCUCUGUCCCCCAUGUCACGUCAUCAUUGCUGUUUUUGCUUUGCUUCAGCUUGCAACUUUGUUGAAAACAUGUCAGGAAUAGACAUGACAUGUUUACCUGGCACCAAAUAGGAGAGGUUGUGUAUACAAAGCACCUUAGGAAGAACUGGAGUUCAUGUGUACCAUCCGAGCAGCCAAGGGACCGAAGACUUCACACCUUUAAUGGGUGCAGUUGCCAGGUUACAUAAUAUUGCAUCAGACUGUGAACAAACUAUGAAGGGUGCAUUAAAAACGAGUUUCACGUCUGAAUGUAGCAGAAAGUAGUGUUUUUGAUGUUUCAAAAAUAAAAAUG